AUGCUGCAAGUAAAAAUCCUUGGGGCCUGGUUGGAAAGGAGAUGCAGACCCACAUGUUCAUACAUACUUGGUUGCUUAUUGCAAAAACAAGCUAAGAACUGGCACCGGGAUCUUAGCACAACUUGUGCAAAGUGUUCCAAAUCUCGACGGUCCGGACACAAAAGAAACCUUUCAGAAAAGAAGCAGUCCCAAUACUUUGUAGACCACCGAAAGGUUCAGAUGACGGGAGGAAAAGGAGGUGAUGGUAUUAGCUGUUUUCACAGUGAACCUAGGAAAAUGUACGGAGGUCCUGACGGUGGAAAUGGAGGAGACGGGGGGCACAUUAUCUUGAAAGUGGACCAGCAAGUCAAAUCCUUGUCUUCGGUUCUCCCAAUCUAUAGAGGGGCCAGUGGAGAAAAGGGGGGAAGCAAAAACUGUUACGGUUCUGUGGGUCGCUGCACUUACAUUAAGGUUCCCAUGGGUACCGUGGUGAAGGAGGAUGGCGAGGUCGUGGCCAAUCUCAGCCAGCACGGCGAAGAAUACGUCGCAGCCUAUGGGGGCGCCGGAGGGAAAGGCAAUCGCUUCUUCCUGGACAAUUUCAAUCGCGCGCCCGUGACAGCGACUGAAGGAGAACCAGGUCAAGAAAGAGUUCUGCAUCUGGAACUCAAGACUAUGGCCCACGCGGGGAUGGUGGGAUUCCCUAACGCAGGGAAGUCUUCGCUGUUACGAGCCAUCUCCAACGCAAAACCGGCAGUGGCGGCGUACCCGUUCACAACCUUAAAUCCUCACGUGGGCAUCGUCCAUUAUGAAAAUUAUGAGCAAGUCGCAGUUGCUGACAUCCCCGGCAUCAUAAAAGGAGCCCAUGAAAACAGGGGCCUGGGCUUUGCCUUCCUGAGACACAUCGAACGCUGUCUCUUUCUUCUGUAUGUGCUGGAUCUCUCUGUGUCUGAGCCAUGGACUCAGCUCCAAGACUUAAAGUACGAACUGGAACAGUACGAAGAAGGCUUGUCGAAUAGGCCGCACGCCAUCAUUGGAAAUAAGCUCGACCUUCCCCAGUCGAAGAGCAAUUUAGCUCUGCUUAAGGAGCGAGUGGAACACAGGGUCAUCCCCCUCUCCGCUCUGACGGGGGAAAAUCUAGAGGAAUUGUUCUUGCACCUGAAAGAACUGUAUGAUGAUUACAUCAAAACCGAAGAAGCCCGGAAGCAAAAACCUCUAAAAUGGUAG